AUGUGGACGGAUAGCCCGCUGCUCCGGGACGCCGGCGCCGCCAUGCUCACCGGAGUGGCCGCGGCUGUCGUGCUCCGCUUCUGGGAAGAGGUCGCCAACCGCGCGCUGCUGGAGCAGAAACUCUGCAGGAAACUGGUUCACAUAACUGUGGGAUUAGUGUACUUCCUUAUGUGGCCUUUGUUCAGCUCAGAUGAUGUGUUUGCUCCAUUUCUUGCUCCGUUUAUCCUCAUCAUCAACAUCAUAAAGGUGACAGUGAUUGGACUUGAUUUGGUGACAGAUGAAGGUGUGGUUAACUCGAUGACCAGGCAUGGAGACUGCAGAGAACUUCUCAAGGGCCCUUUGUAUUAUGCCUGUGCUAUAACUCUGACAACAAUAGUUUUCUGGAGGACAUCACCCAUCUCAAUCGCGGUGAUCUGCAAUUUGUGUGCGGGAGACGGUGUUGCUGACAUAUUUGGGAGACGAUUUGGGCGUGUGAAGCUCCCUCACAACCCUGAAAAAUCAUAUGCCGGAAGCAUCGCCAUGUUCUUGGCAGGUUUCAUUGCAUCAAUCCUGUACAUGUGCUACUUCCACAUUUUCGGGUUUGUUGACAAGAGCUGGACUAUGGUGGCUGCCUUUGGUGUCAUAUCCCUGGUUGCAGCAGCUGUGGAGUCACUCCCUAUCAGCACACGCCUUGACGACAAUCUGACGGUUCCUGUCGCAUCUGUGCUAUUUGGCGCCCUGGUUUUCUAUUCCAUUGGAGCCAGAAACCUGUGCUGCAUGAGCAGCGAAGACAAGAGAAGCAUUUCAGCAACCGUUGGAAUGGUGUUUGCAGGCGGCGGCAGCAGCAGCAGCAGCUGA